GGGAAUUGCUUUGAGCCUCCAAUUGUUAUUAUAACCACGUUGACAUUGUUAUUCUCUCAAUUUCCAACCUCACAACGGAAAUUCCACGUUUCGGACACCUACUACUUCCCUCAUCGCAACCCACAACGCUCUGCACUCAACAGUCAGAAUGCUCCCCCUAGGUCUUCUAACAGCCGCUCAAGGCCACCCGAUGCUCGUCGAGCUCAAGAACGGCGAAACUCUGAACGGCCACCUUGCCAACUGUGACAACUGGAUGAAUUUAAUACUCAGAGAGGUCGUCCAAACGAGCCCCGAGGGAGACCGUUUUUUCAAGCUGCCUGAAGUCUAUGUCCGCGGGAACAACAUCAAAUAUCUGCGAAUUCCAGAAGAAAUCAUCGAUAUGGUUAAGGAACAGCAGCAAAACCAGUCUCAGAAUCGCAACCGCGGGCCUCGCGAUGGUGGACGGGGCGACCGGGGAGGUCGUGGUGGGCGCGGCCGUGGGCGUGGCCGCGGUCGGGGUGGAAACUAGGCUACAGCGAGACUGUGAAUGGAGCGCGCAAUGAGCGAAAGUGAGACAAACGCAAUGAUAGAUACCCUGGAGAUUAUGCGACGGCACGGAGGAUAGAAUCGUUGGCGAGUUGGGUUCGUGAGCAUGGCCUGGCGUAUCGGGUUGUUUUUUCGAUGGGAGCUUGCCAUGUAACUUUAUUGCUAUCAUCACAAUUUAUGAUCCACGUGGAAAUGAUGCCGAUAUUUGUUAAGAGCACCUACUUUGGGGUCGUUAAUCGCGCAGCUUGAAUAGACCUUCAUA